GGUGCGCGGGGCCCGGGCUGCGCCGCCGGCUCCCGGCCCUGCCGGCCUCCUCGGUCGGAGCCGCCGCCAUGGCGGCCAGCGCGAAGCGGAAGCAGGAGGAGAAGCACCUGAAGAUGCUGCGGGACAUGACGGGGCUGCCGCACAACCGCAAGUGCUUCGACUGCGACCAGCGAGGCCCCACCUACGUGAACAUGACGGUCGGCUCGUUCGUGUGCACCUCCUGCUCAGGCAGCCUGAGAGGGUUAAAUCCACCUCACAGGGUGAAAUCUAUCUCCAUGACAACAUUUACACAACAGGAAAUUGAAUUCCUGCAAAAACAUGGAAAUGAAGUCUGCAAACAGAUUUGGCUAGGAUUAUUUGAUGAUAGAUCUUCAGCAAUUCCAGACUUCAGGGAUCCACAAAAAGUGAAAGAGUUUCUACAAGAGAAAUAUGAGAAGAAAAGAUGGUAUGUUCCACCAGAGCAAGCCAAAGUGGUGGCGUCGGUUCACGCGUCUAUUUCAGGGUCUUCUGCCAGCAGCACGAGCAGCACCCCCGAGGUCAAGCCCCUGAAAUCUCUGCUGGGAGAUGCUGCACCAGCACUGCACUUAAAUAAGGGCACACCUAGUCAGUCCCCAGUUGUAGGUCGCUCUCAAGGGCAGCAGCAGGAGAAGAAGCAGUUUGACCUUUUGAGUGAUCUUGGCUCAGACAUCUUUGCUGCUCCGGCUCCUCAGUCAACAGCUACAGCCAAUUUUGCUAACUUUGCACAUUUUAACAGUCAUGCAGCUCAGAAUUCUGCAAAUGCAGAUUUUGCAAACUUUGAUGCAUUUGGACAGUCUAGUGGUUCGAGUAAUUUUGGAGGUUUCCCCACAGCAAGUCACUCUCCUUUUCAGCCCCAAACUACAGCAUUUAGAGUACUUUCAUCUAGCUGCAGUUUUGGUGAAUUUACUUCAGCUUUUCCUCUCCAGGCCUUCCACAGUGGAAGUGCUGGAUCAGUAAAUGCUAAUUUUGCUCAUUUUGAUAACUUCCCCAAAUCCUCCAGUGCUGAUUUUGGAAGCUUCAGUACAUCCCAGAGUCACCAGACAGCAUCAACUGUUAGUAAAGUUUCAACAAACAAAGCUGGUUUACAGACAGCAGACAAAUAUGCGGCACUUGCUAAUUUAGACAAUAUCUUCAGUGCUGGGCAAGGAGGUGAUCAAGGGAGUGGUUUUGGGACCACGGGUAAAGCUCCUGUUGGUUCUGUGGUUUCAGUUCCCAGUCACCCAAGUGCAUCUUCAGACAAGUAUGCAGCUCUGGCAGAGUUAGACAGCGUGUUCAGUUCUGCGGCCACCUCCAGCAAUGCAUACACAUCCACAAGUAAUGCUAGCAGCAGCGUCUUUGGAACAGUGCCUGUGGGUGCUUCUGCUCAGACACAACCGGCUUCAAGUGGGCCUGCUCCAUUUGGGGCUACGCCUUCUACGAAUCCAUUUGUUGCUGCUACUGGUCCUUCUGCGGCAUCGUCUACAAAUCCAUUUCAGACCAAUGCCAGAGGAGCAACAGGCCUUUCUGGAGCAAUGCAUUCUCAAGUGUUCCCUCACGCUCAUUUUGCGGCAACCUUUGGCACUGCAUCCAUGAGUAUGCCAGCAGGAUUUGGCACUCCUGCCCAAUACAGUCUCCCCACCAGCUUUAGUGGCAGUUUCCAGCAGCCUGCCUUCCCAGCCCAAGCAGCUUUCCCACAGCAGACAGCUUUUUCUCAACAGCCCAAUGGUGCAGGUUUUGCCACAUUUGGACAGACAAAACCAGUGGUAACCCCUUUUGGUCAAGUUGCAGCUGCUGGAGUGUCUAGUAAUCCUUUUAUGACUGGUGCACCAACAGGACAAUUUCCAACAGGAAGCUCAUCAACCAAUCCUUUCUUAUAGCCUUAUAGACACUGUACUGGAACGAACUUCUAUGUGAUCAUAUUACAUCUCUUCGCCUCUUGCACUGUUGUCUUGUUUCACUGAUCUUAGCUUUAAACAUGAGAGAAGUCUUUACAAAGCCUGCAAUGUGUAUUAAACACCAGGUAAUGCGUGCAGAACAGAGGGCUCAGCAACAACUUUCACUUGUGAAUUGGCAGGAAAGGUAGCGGCAUCAUGUACGUUACAAAUUGGGUAAUGUUAAGUUAUUGCAGAUCCCACAUUCAUUAUGCUGCAGUACUGUACAUAUUGUUCUUAGAAAUUAGCUAUUUGUGCAUAUCAGUAUUUGUAACUUUAACACAUUGUUAUGUGAGAAAUGUUACUGGGGAAACCGAUCAGCCACUUUUAAGGUGCUGUCAUAUAUCUUGGAAUGAAUGAUUAAAAUCAUUUGAAGCAUUGCUUCUGGAAAGUUCAAACUCAAAAUCAGGAGGUUUUAUUCAUUCUUGAAUUUUUCCUUCUAAAGAGCUCUUCUAUUUAUACAUGGCUAAAUUCUUUAAAGAUGUGGAGGACACCUGUCUGCGGAAUAAAGCUGAUCAUGUUUUGCUACAGUUUGCAGGUGAACAAAAUAAAUAUUAGAAAAUAU